AAUUUCUAAAUUGAAAAUGUCAGGAAGAGGAAAGGGAGGAAAGGGGUUGGGAAAGGGAGGAGCCAAGAGGCACAGGAAGGUGCUCAGGGACAAUAUCCAGGGCAUUACUAAGCCUGCCAUUCGUCGUCUUGCUCGUCGAGGUGGUGUUAAGAGGAUCAGCGGCCUGAUAUACGAGGAGACUCGCGGUGUUCUCAAGAUCUUUUUGGAGAAUGUUAUUAGAGAUGCUGUUACCUACACUGAGCACGCUCGCCGUAAGACAGUCACUGCCAUGGAUGUUGUCUAUGCUCUCAAGAGGCAGGGCCGUACUCUUUACGGUUUUGGCGGUUAGGUUUUGUUUUUAGGGUUUCUCUUUAGAUCUAAUUGUAGGAUGCAGAUGAUUUUAAUUACUCUCUGAUGUAAUUGCAAUUCUGAAUCAAAUAUAUAAAUUAUAUGAAGUUUCAUCA